AAUGCGGAAGUGACGAACAUGUCGGAAGUAAGAAAAACAACAACGCGCCAAAUUUGUCGUAGCUUCAUCCCAGUCGCUGCCUCAGACCUCGGACACUUGAUAAAGUCCGUCUGAUACACUUGAGAUAAUCGUUGCCGGGCGAGGAGACGCUGCAGCAUGGCGGUGCCUUUUGUGCAGGGCUGGGACCUCGUUCAGACUCUGGGAGAAGGAGCCUACGGAGAGGUGAGGCUGCUGGUGAACAGGCAGACGGAGGAGGCCGUAGCGGUGAAGGUGAUCGAUACGUCGCAGGCUAAGGAGUGUGCUGAAAAUGUCAAGAAGGAGGUGUGCGUCCAUAAGGUGCUGAACCAUUCCAACAUUGUGCGUUUCUUUGGCCAUCGGAAGGAAGGAGUGACGGUGUACCUCUUCCUGGAGUACUGCACCGGAGGAGAGCUGUUCGACCGAAUCGAGCCCGACGUUGGGAUGCAAGAGAAAGACGCUCACAAGUUCUUCCAGCAGCUAAUAGCGGCCGUGGAGUACCUCCACGGUAUUGGCAUCACCCAUCGAGACAUAAAGCCAGAGAACAUUUUACUAGAUGACAAAGAUAACCUGAAGCUGACGGACUUUGGCCUGGCCACCAUGUUUCGUUUCAAAGGACGGGAGCGUCUUCUGAAUCGACUCUGUGGGACGCUUCCCUACGUGGCCCCGGAGCUUCUCGGCCAACCGGAGUACAAGGCUCAGCCUGCAGAUAUAUGGGCUUGUGGGAUAGUCCUCACUGCCAUGCUGGCUGGAGAGUUACCAUGGGACCAGCCCACCGAGAGCUGUCAAGAGUAUUCAGAUUGGGUCCAAAAGAAAACCUACCUACCCCCUUGGAAGAAAAUACAACCAACGCCUCUUAGUUUGUUGUCCAAACUACUGCUGGCCAGUCCAGAUGCACGCAUCACCAUCGCAGACAUACAGAAAGACCGCUGGUUUACUCAUGGUGUAAAGCAACCGACAGGUUCUCUGGGCUCCGGAGGAAACAAACUUCUUAGAUCAGAUAUGGGACUCAAAUCCCGGGCCAACAGCGAUGACAGGAUGCAGUUUUCCAGCUCUCAGCCUGAUCUUGCAGCAGGAGCCUGGGAAGCCAUGUUGUUAAUCAGUCAGACCGACGGUCAAGUCAGCUUCUCCCAGCCGACCAAGCCGGAGCACAUGUUGCUGGGUAGUCAACUACUGGGCACACCGGGAGCCAGUCAGUCGCCUUGGCAGAGAUUAGUGCGGAGAAUGACACGUUUCUUCACGACUGUGAAUGCUGAUGCCUCAUUAUCUGCACUGAAAGACGCGUCGGACGGCCUGGCGCUUGUCUUCAAACUCACCUGCGCCAAUCAGGUGACGGUGAGCACGCUGGACAAGCGCAAUAACAAACUCAUCUUCAAAGUCCAUUUGAUAGAGAUGAAUCAUAGAGUGCUGCUGGACUUCAGACUGUCGAAGGGCGACGGUCUGGAGUUUAAACGUCUAUUUGUGAAGAUAAAACAGAAGCUUGGUGACAUCGUCAGCAAUCAGAAGGUUUUGCUUCCCAUCACAUGAGCGGGACGACCUCACAGUUUCUGGUACAAACACACUGCCAUUGGACAUUGGAGAAAAAACCUGUACAUAUUUAGCCGUUGUGUUGAUGUUUUAAACAUGUCCUGCUGUUUGUCUCUAUGCGUGUCUGGUUCUUGUUUUUUUUGUAUCAUGUGAGAUGAAGUUAAGUGUUAGAUGUCUCCAUGCUCUCACUUCAUGAUCUGUUCUGAUGAUGUCAUGAUACAGUCCCAAGUCGUGAAUAAAUUAUUAAAAGACGAGCAUUGCA